AUGUUUGUUCCACAACAAACUUGGCGGGUCAUCCUACCGUUACAGUCCGUCAUUCAUCCGUUAGUUCUCCGUGCACCACUUGGGAUCCGCCAUUACUCCAUAUUCGAGGACUGGAAAGGGAGUUCGGCAGAGGACCACACACGCAAGCGGGCUCAGAAGGGCGAUGCAGAGGAUAUACAUUCAGAGGCAGCGGCCACUGGGCUGAGGGAAAGGAAAACAAACCAGGGUCUUGCAGAUGACACCAAGUCCCAGGGAAUUACGGAGAGGGGUGGGACCAAGUAUGGGAAGAAGGCUAAAGAGGAGCAUCCCAAAGCGCCAGAGCCGGUCAUUGGCAUGAAUGACGAACGGCCAAAGAAGGGCAGUUAA